AUGGCCUCCGAACGAAGUGACGAAGCGGUUUGUGAACAAAACGGGCAACAAAGUAAUAGCCAGGUUCAAAAUGGAACGGCGGGGAACAACGACCAACAAAACAAUCAGCCUCAACAGCAACAGCAGCAGCCACAACAAGAACAAGGUUCUAUGUGGAAGAGUCUUCUAAUUCGAAUGUUCAUCUUUUGGCUCAUUUCAAAUUUGUUUCGUGGUCGACAGCAACAGGGCACAAACACGAACGUGAUCGCCUCUACAAACCUGUUUAAAACGGAUCAGAAAAUAGAACUGUGGGUCUAUUUGGCAGAAGAGCAACAUUUUACUGAUUUCAACAACAGUGAGAAACUUGUUUGGCAUGAAAGAGGUCUUAAGUUUGGGAAUUGGACAGAUGGACCUCAAAUGGAUGGUUCCCGUCUGUUCAGCACCAAUAUCCAGGCAUCAGAGAGGAUGCAGAACAAUGGAUCUCUUUACAUUCAUGUUUAUGUAACAAAGACUGGCAGGUCACCUGACCCUAUGCAUCCAAAAUUCAACAAGCUCGCUGUUGUAAAUAGAAGUUUGUUAUUGACUGUUUAUAGAAAAAAGCGAGUUCAUAAGACAGUAAACUUGUUAACUGGCGUGGCUGAUGCUAAUCCUGACAUUGUGCAAGCACCUGACAGUAAGAUGCCUGUUGAAAUCAUUUCAUACUGGCACCCAAACCUGACGAUCAAUCUAAUGGAUGACCAGACUCCUUGGGUGCAGGGCUCUGUGCCGCAGCCAAUGGAUGAAUUUCUUGCCUUUGAAAACAUAACAGGCAAAUACUAUCCUGUUCUGUAUUUAAACAAGUACUGGAAUCUGGCCAGUGACUACAUGCCAAUCAAUGAAACCACAAAAACCCUCGAGUUACACUUGACCUACAGUCCCAUAUCACUGUUCAGAUGGCAAAUGUACGAGUCUCAAAGAAUGAGACAAAAAUGGUUUUCAGUUUUAGGAGAUGAACCAGAACAGACUGAGGAAGAGCAGGAUUCUAUUAAGAGAGCUUUGGUGGAAACAAACCCAUACCUACUUGGCAUCACUAUGAUUGUUACAUUGGUUCACACUGUCUUUGAAUUUCUGGCUUUUAAGAAUGACAUCCAAUUCUGGCGAAGCCGGAAGACUUUAGAAGGCCUGUCUGUGCGUUCCGUGUUCUUCAAUGUAUUCCAGUCUGUGAUUGUUCUCUUGUACGUUAUGGACAAUGAGACCAAUACUGUUGUGAUUAUCAGCUGUUUUGUGGGACUUUUGAUAGAAAUUUGGAAAAUCAACAAAGCCGUUGACGUUAAGGUGGAUAGAGAAAAUCCUUGGUUUGGUGUUAUACCAAGAAUUCGCUUUGAUGACAAAGAAACGUACGUGGAGUCGGAAACAAAACAGUACGACAUGAUGGCGUUCAAGUAUUUGUCGUGGGCGCUAUUUCCGUUGUUGGUCUGUUACGCAGUAUAUUCACUGUUAUUCGUUGAACACAAGGGUUGGUAUUCCUGGGUCCUCAGCAUGCUUUAUGGCUUCCUUCUGACCUUUGGAUUCAUUAUGAUGACUCCGCAGCUGUUUAUCAAUUAUAAGCUAAAAUCUGUGGCUCACCUUCCCUGGCGCAUGAUGACGUACAAGGCUCUGAACACCUUUAUCGAUGAUCUUUUCGCUUUUGUCAUCAAAAUGCCAACUUUAUACCGCUUGGGAUGCUUCAGAGAUGAUAUUGUUUUCUUCAUCUACUUGUACCAGCGAUGGAUCUAUCCCAUCGACCCGAAACGUGUUAAUGAAUUUGGCCUAACUGGUGAACCUGUGGAUAACACUGACACAGCAGAUCCAAAUGAAGCAAAACCUUCUGAAGAUGGCGCUGUAACAACUGGUGCUGAAGUCGUGUCAGAUAAAAAGAAUGAUUAAUUCCGUGAACUGUAUGCAAUUUUAAGUAAAAUGCGGAGUUAUUUAAACUUCAAAUUCAACCAUUUUGCUGUAGAAGCGUUCACCUAUUGUAUGGAAAUAUUAUUUAUGUUCCAUUACAGUGUUGACGAUUUCCGUGUUCUUCAAUGUUUCAUGUAUUUAUCCAAUGCAGUGACGUACCAAAAAAUUUAAACUCUAGCAUGAUCGUU